ACGUUUGAUAACAGAGACAGUCUGCAAACCCUCCUCCUUCUCCUCCUCCUCUUGCUGCAGCUGUCAGAGACUGAAAACUUCCCUAAGUUGCGCUCCUCUGCUCCGCAGCGCUAGAUGAGAGCGGUGGCCCCUGAACCCCGGUCUGCAGUUGGCCCCCCUGGCAGCAGCAUGCCGGCCUGAAGGGCGGGAUGGCAUCAGCGGUGUUUGAAGGGACGUCUUUGGUCAACAUGUUUGUUCGGGACUGCUGGGUUAACGGGAUCCGGAGGCUCAUCAUCAGCCAGCGGGGAGAGGAAGAGGACUUCUUCGAGAUCCGGACCGAGUGGUCCGAUAGGAACAUUUUAUAUUUGCAUCGCAGUUAUUCCGAUCUGGGACGGCUGUUUAAGAGACUGCUGGAGUCCUUUCCAGAGGACAGAAAGGACCUCUCUGCAUGUCCGCUGAUAGAAGGUCUGGUAAAAAUAAAAGAUGCACAUGACAUUGAGGAGAAGCUGAAUGAGGUUGAAAGAUUACUAAAGAAUGCCAUCAACAUGCCGUGCAAGUUUUCCAGGUCAGAGGUGAUGUUGACGUUCUUUGAGCGCUCUCCACUCGACCAAGUGUUAAGGAAUGACAAAGUCCACCGAAUCCAGCCGUGCUUUCAGAAUCCAAUCAACAUAUCAGAAAUCAUGCGGUCAAAUGGAUUCUGUCUGGCCAACACAGAAACUAUUGUAUUUGAUGAUAGCGUCCCAGAUGAAAAAGAAAGACCUUCAUCCACAGACUCUGUAGAACACUUGUAUGAAGAUGGAACAAAUUUUCUGCCAAUGGAAGCAGACGUGUGUGAUGAGGAGACGGAGGCAUAUGUCACCAACCUUUCCUACUAUCACCUGGUCCCAUUUGAAACGGACAUCCUAGAAUAAAACCCUUGUGGACGGAUAUUUCUCCUCCAGCUCAACUGAACCAUGCAGCGCUAUAGCUGCUCUGGUUCAAUGCUGCUCCUGAUUGCAGCAGCUUCCAGAGUUGAUGAACUUCGAAAGGGAGCUGCAGCCUCUCCCUUUAUCCCUGUAUGGGACAUCACCAGUGUGCCUCAUCUGGAGUCUUACCUCUUGUAUCAAAAGUGAUGCAGAUAUCUUUUUGUAGCAUGGUUGUGAAGCUACAUGGAGACAUUUACUAAAAAUUGUAAUAUAGUAUUUUAACCGAACUAAACCCUGCAGAGGCAUCACACAUAAGUUAAAGCUUCAGCACAGCUGUAAUUUAUUGGACCAUUUAACAUUAAUGACCAGCAAUCAUUUUAAUUGACUGGACUAUUUUAUAUCUUCUGAGCCGCACUUUUAAAUCCCUGUCCUGCUUUACUAUUUGUAAUGCAUCUGUGGAGUCGAUUGUCUUCUUCUUUAAACUAAACUUUUUAUCUCUUUUCAUUGUAAAGUCUGUGAUUUAGCAAAGAAUUCUGUGAUGUGAAAGCCAAUUUAACACAGACUAGAAGAAAAUAGUGUCCUCUCCUGAGAUAACCCUUUGGCCAAAACUAGAGAUAUAGCAUCAGUGUUGUUAGUCCUGAUGUGAAAUACGGAUUUGCUGGUACAGAGAUCCUGUCCAGUAUCGCAAUGCAUUAAAAUAGGUGUUUUCAGUAUCA